AUGGCGUCGGAUAAAAUUCCAGCUCCUAAAAGUGGAUUUCCAGUUGGUUUAAAUCGGGGCCACAUAACUACUCCGUUGUCAAAUCCGAAAGCUUCCAGAGCUAGUCGGAUGAAAGGUCGCACUAGUGCUAGGAAAGCAUUGAUCAAGGAGAUUGUUAGGGAAGUUUGUGGUUUUGCGCCAUAUGAGCGUAGAAUGAUUGAAUUGAUCAAAAGCGGUACUGCAUCUUCCACCAAGCGUGCCCUAAAAUUUGCCAAAAAAAGAUUGGGUACCCACAAACGUGCCAAGGCUAAGAGGGAUGAGAUUACUAGAAUUGUUAUGAUGCAGAGAAAACGAUAA